AUGACCAAGCCUAGGGUGAAAAGGUUCGAAGACCCCAACCUGUGGAUAUACGAGCAUGUGCUAAAAAAUGGGGUGAAGACAGAAAGUGCAAGUAUGAUGAAGGAAGGUCUAAAGAAAAGGGCAUCGGAGAAAUUGAAAGAAAUUAUCGAGGCUUCCAAACAGUACGACAAAGAAUUGAAAGAAAUAAAUUACAAAGUGGAUUCUUCUUUGGGCCUUCCUCAUAGAUCCCCCAAAAUAGAUGUCAAUACAUUACCCUUUAGUCCACUUAAGCCCAGGAACCAUUUGUUUUUGUGGAAAAAUAUUUUGCCCAGAGGGGAAGUAUCAACACAAGGUCGUUUGAGCGAUCCGCUUGGUAGCAAAAUGGGUGUUAAUGUAGGUAAGAAUUUGAGUAGCACAUUUGGUGGGAACCUUGGCGGGAACAUUGGUGGGAACAUUGGUGGGAACAUUGGUGGGAUGGCCCCCUUCCCACAGAACAACCACAUUCAAAAAAGCGCGCCUCCAAAAAUUGAAGAAAGGAAAGAAGCUAAGAAAAGCACUAUUUUUAGUAAAUUGAAAAAAACAAAAAAAGAUGAAAUUUCCAAAGCUACUUCCUUUUUCAAUGAUCAUAUGAGUUAUUACGAUACUCAUUUGAAGGAAAAGUAUAUGAACAUUUUUUUAAAUUCUCUAGGAAAAAGUAAUGAGAGUGUCAAACGGGAAAAUAUGGAUCCCCCUACUGUGUGCCAAACUGGGCAUAUUUCCACCGUAGGGGUUCCUACCCUAAGCGUGACUGAUACGCUUAGUUGUAAGGAGAAAAGGGUGGAGACACACCCAAUUAAGUUUAUCGACGAAGAACCGGAAAAAUUGGGUACUGAGGAAAAGGAAUCAAUUUGUAGUAAUACCACCCUGUUGGAGAAUGCCAAAUGCAGUAAUUCCCUUUUAGGGGCACACCCUAAUGGAGAAAGCAAUAUGGUUUAUCCUGUUUUGAAAGGAUCAAUCAAAGGUGACAUGAACGAAGUGCAUUUACGUGAAGACUCUGCUUAUGGUGUUGUUCCUGAUGAUGAUGUAUACGACGACCCCGAUCUGGAGUGGAACUUCCAACAGGGGAACAUUGACAAGUACGAAAAUGGCGAUGCAUUGACCGAAGGAGAUGGUGAAGGGACCUGCCUUUCAGGUAAUAUUAAAAAUCAGGCGAAAAAGGAAAAUGCUAAUUUGUCGAUCUUGUUAAAGGAUACUCCAAUAGAGAAGACAACCCAUUCGGAGGAUAAAUCACAAAGGCGAAAAACUUCAUUAGGAGAAACGGAUAGAAGUAGCAAGAAGGAAAAAAUGCGGAAGGGAAAAUCAUCUAAUUCUACAAUGGACAGUUUGCAAAGUUUUAAUAUAUUUGAAAAGAUGAACAGCGCGUCGUUGUAUGGAGGGGUAGGCAAUGAGGGAGAAAAUUCUAUCAUGUCCAUUUUGGAGAAUUUGAAGCAGAAGAAAAAGAACUCGCAUGUGAUGAGGAGCAGUUUCUCUGAGUCGGAAGGAGUAGAAACGGUUAAGAGAACCCUUAUGGGUGACAAACAUGAAGUAACAUUCCCCUCGGCGCGUACCAGCUUGGAGAGUGAAAAUGCCCUCGCACUGAAUGUAGAACGGAACGAAGAUAAACGGAAGAACUCCACGGAAAAAAGCAAAGGAAAGCACACAACACAAAAGGGAAGAGAAUCUAUCCUACAGUACGAACGCCUAGACAGUAAUAACAUAACUGUGCAUGCACUGAGUGAGCACGUGGGUAUGGAGGAAGAAAGAAUUAUGAAUGUGUGUAAAUUUAUUCUGGACAAUGAACACAUCACAAAAUAUACGAAGCUGGAAAAAGAAGUAGCGGAGCUGAUUUGCGAAGAGUUAGGUGUGAUAGAUAAACUAAAGUAUAGCCAUGUUAAUUUAAAAAAACGUAAUCCUGUUGUUACAAUCCUUGGACAUGUAGACCAUGGAAAGACAACUCUCUUGGAUAGGUUCAGAAAUUCUAACGUUGCUCAAAACGAAAUCGGUGGAAUCACACAAAAAUUGGGUGCAUUCGAAGUUGUUGAUAAGGAGACAGGCAGAAAAAUAACUUUUCUCGAUACACCAGGACAUUCUGUUUUUAAAAAAAUCAGACAAAGGUGUGCUCAGUGCACCGACUUGAUUAUAUUAGUAAUUUCUAUCGAUGAUGGAAUUAUGAGUGAAACGGUGGAAUGUAUGAAGCUAGCCCAGAAAUUUAACAUCCCACUUAUUAUAGCGGCAAAUAAGAUAGAUAAAUGUGGAUCCGAUUUGGAGAAGCUCUCCAAAUCAUUAGUAGCAUAUGAUGUGAUAACGGAGUUGGAGGAAAAUGGUAACGUUCCAAUAAUUCCCAUUUCUGCAAAGGAAAACAUUAACAUUGAUAAAUUACAAAAGUGUAUUCUACAGUUGAGUGAUUCCUUAAAUUUAAUGUGUGAUUAUGGAAGCUUGUGCUCUGCAUAUGUGUUGGAGAAAAAAAUUCAUCCCUCGAGGGGGAAGCUGAUCACCAUGGUGUGCAAAUCAGGGAUAUUAAAAGUGAAUUCGUACCUUCUAAUAGGACAUAUGUACGCAAAGGUGAAACGUAUGUACAACAGUAAUAAUGAGUUGGUGAAGGAGGCCUACCCAUCGGAGGUGGUCCAAAUAGUUAGUCCCAUUGCGCUAACACAGGAUAACGCCAUAAAUUACGGAGACCUGGUUUUCGAAAUGAGUAACUUGAAAAGCGCCCAGAGGGUUGCAAAGUACAAAUUGAAGAUGGCCCAGUACAGCCUCAUGAACAGUUACUAUGGGAACGUUGCCUCCAAGGCUACCAGUGGGGUUGGCAUUGUUAGCGAUGGUGAUGCCGACGCGAAGAAUUGGCCCAAGCUCCCACAAAUCCACCUGAUAAUCAAAGCAGGCGAUGAAGGAAGCGUAGAAGCUAUCCUAGAAGUAAUAAAGGAAUACAGUAGGAAAGAGAAAAAAGAGAAGUAUUGCGACAUUAACAAUUUUGUAGAAAGAAAUUACAUAAAAAAAAAUAAAGUAACAGAUGAUAUGAUAGAGGAUGGAAAAAUUUUUCAGAAUUGGAAACCGUUCCGUGUUGUAUCUAAAGGAGUGGGUUCUUUUAACAUGAGCGAUUUAAAAUACUGCAAUGAUGUGAAGCCAAUAUUUUUAAUUGCGUUUAAUGUGGACAUAGAAAAAAAUGUGCAGCUCAGUAUUGAAGAAAACGGAGCCAUUUUAAGAACCCACAAUAUCAUUUACAAGUUAUUUGAAGAUCUAGAAAAAAUUUGUAGCUUUUACUUUGAUUCGCUACAUCUGUAUGAACCCGUUUCACGGAUGGUUGUUAGUAAGACUGGCUUUUAUACAUUGAAGAAAAGUAAGUCGAAGAGGAAAAGGGUCUUGUCCGUAUCAAUUAAGGAGGGGUCGUGCAACGUGAACCACUACUUCACGGUUAUGAGAAACAAGGAAGUUAUACAUAAGAGGUUGUCCAUUUUGUCCAUGCAGAAGAAUAAGGAUAACACCACGGAGCUGAGCAAGGACUGCCCCGUGAACUCUAUCAUUUUCAACACCCCGUCGGAGGAUUUCGAGGUGGGCGACGAAAUCGUAGCCUACAGGAAGGUACCCCGUGCACCACUCUUCAACCGGGUGAAGAACUUUGACUUGGCCGUCUAA